CUGGAAUGGGCCUGGAGGGAGGAGGUGGAGCUAGCGGAAGGAAGGAAGCUUGUGUGCAGCUGGCCAGCCUGGUACACAACCUCUUGUGGCCAGUUUGGGCUCCCUGGGACUGUGGCUACAGCUGGGCAUGGCAGAAUCCAUACAGGCCCCAAUGCUGGUAUACCUGGUCACAGGUGGCUGUGGCUUCCUGGGGGAGCACAUAGUGCGAAUGCUGCUGGAGCAGGAGCCAAGGCUCCGGGAGUUGCGUGUCUUUGACCUGCACUUGAGUUCCUGGCUGGAGGAGCUGAAAACAGGACCUGUGCAGGUGACUGCCAUCCAAGGGGACGUGACUCAGGCCCAUGAGGUGGCAGCGGCCAUGGCUGGAACGCAUGUGGUCAUCCACACAGCUGGGCUGGUAGACGUGUUUGGGAGGGCCAGUCCCAAAACUAUCCAUGAAGUCAAUGUGCAGGGCACACAGAAUGUGAUUGAGGCCUGCGUGCAGACUGGAACUCAGUUCCUGGUCUACACGAGCAGCAUGGAAGUUGUGGGGCCUAAUAUCAAAGGCCACCCCUUCUACAGGGGCAAUGAGGACACCCCGUAUGAGAUAGUACACAAGCAUCCCUAUCCUUGCAGCAAAGCCCGAGCUGAGCAGCUGGUUCUGGAAGCCAAUGGAAGGAAGGUCCGUGGCGGUCUGCCCCUGGUGACAUGUGCCCUUCGUCCCACUGGCAUCUAUGGUGAAGGUCAUCAGAUCAUGAGGGACUUCUAUCGCCAGGGCCUGCGUCUCAGGGGUCGACUCUUUCGGGCCAUUCCAGCUUCUGUGGAACAUGGUCGGGUCUAUGUGGGCAACGUGGCCUGGAUGCAUGUGCUGGUGGCCCGAGAGCUGGAGCAGCGGGCAGGACUCAUGGGUGGCCAAGUGUAUUUCUGCUAUGACAAGUCACCCUAUAAGAGCUACGAGGACUUCAACAUGGAGUUCCUGGGUCCCUGUGGACUUCGGCUGGUGGGUACCCGCCCACUGCUGCCCUACUGGCUGCUGGUACUGCUGGCUACCCUCAAUGCCCUGCUGCAGUGGCUGCUGCGACCACUGCUGCUGUACACACCUCUGCUGAAUCCCUACACGUUGGCUGUGGCCAAUACCACCUUCACUGUCAGCACCAACAAGGCACAGCGCCAUUUUGGCUAUAAGCCUCUCUUCUCAUGGGAGGAGAGCAGGGCCCGCACCAUUCUCUGGGUGCAGUCCACGGAGGGUUCAGGCCAGUGAUGGUAGACCCAGGGCUUGGAGGCCAUUGUAGCACAUCACCCAGGUCCUGCAGUCACAACCUAGAUAGGGAGAGAUGGCUGCCUUCUGGAGCUGGAGGCUCUAGUGCCCUCCACAUUUUAAGUAGACAGGCCCUGCCCCUGGGCUGUGUUCUAGGGCAGGGUUUGGGGACAGAAUCAUCUUUUGGUCUCAACCUGGGCUUUCCAUCUAGUUGGCAAGGAACUGAUUCCUGAAUAAUCUCACUACCCCAUCCUACUUCUGGCUUCUCAAGCAGGAAGUGGCAAAGAUUCCAAGGGCUCAUAUUGGUCUGCUGAGGUCCAGGCACCAUCUUCAGAUCUGCCUCCCCCCACAUCUCUGGCUUUCCAUCAGGGGUUAUAGUCCCAUUAUGUUCUUUAAAAAGUGUAUCCCCUUUGGACGUUUAUCUUUUAAUUUGCUUUAAAGAAAGCUGAGGAAGUCGGUGCCUUUCUGUCUUGCCUCUUCACUCAAAUUCAACUCCUGUGAUACUGUUAGCUCUCUGCCUGAGGAUGCCAGUCAUGCUUACCUAGCCUGGAUUAAAAUCCUUGUCCGA